UUCCCCGCAGGCAGGACGGUGAAACCCCGCCGCUCCGCAGCUCCAGUCCCCGCUGCUGUUGCCGUCGGCGCGAUCGGGCCGGAUCCCACCGCCCCUGCGGGAAUCUUUGGAGAAGUUGUUCCAACAAAUAUUCCUGCCGUUUGUUUUCUUUGAAACCUAAGCCAUCAACAUGAAGCAGCUGGUCAUCUCUUCUCCUUGCCUCUAGCCAAAUAGACCCCAAAGGACCUUUUGGUGGCUUCUCUUCUGUAGAGAGAGUGUAUCUGUAGAAUGCAGGCAAAUCCUGGAUAUCAGGUUUAUUUUACAAAGAAGGACAAUAUACAAAUGAACAAAAGAGAAAAGAGCUUCAGUUUUGUUCUUUCUACAUCCUAAGAGCUCCUGGGUUAAGAUUGGAUCUGCCUCUCACCCAUAUCUCCUCAAGGGUGAUAGUGAGGGGUUGUCUACUGUCAAAAAAGUAGAUGAAAAGUGUAAAGUGAAAGAAGUGAGUGCAGCCCCCUGCUGAAAAGUGUUCCUUCAAGACUGCGGGUCUCCUUCUGGAGCCUGUGAGAGGGCUUUCCUGACCCAAACUGUGUGAAGAUGAAAAGUGCUCCUUAGUAUGACGUCCCUGGACAAUGUAAUUGCCACCCACCAGUCAGAGUGGGUCUCCUUCAGUGAUGAGCCACGUUUUCCCAUUUCUUCAGAGGGGGGCCCUGAAGAGCUCCUCGCCAGGCGGUCAUCUUCCUCAGACAGGUCAGAGAGCUCCUCUGGGGAAGUCCGAGCUGGGGAUGGAGAGUCUCCAGACACUUCGCAUUCAGAGCAGGACGCUACUCUGGAGAAGUUGCCCUUGGUCUCCAGGACGACUUCGCCUCUCGAAAACCCCGUGCAGUCCCAGCCUGGCUUGGCCUCAGCCAUUAGCACUUGGGUCCAGUUUGAAGAUGAAUCAUGGACCAGCACUCUUUCAACUCACCAAGAAGCAGCCCCCCUGCUGACCACGCCCUGUUGGACCUGUCCCACCUUUGAAUCCUUAGGGCGAUGUCCCGAGGCCUCAGAAAGCAGCUGGACCACCCACUCGGAAGACACCGGGAGCCCAAGCAUCGGCCCUUCAUCCACAGAUAUGCGGUCUACCAUCGCUGAGGAGCACACCAGUGGUGGGGCCUCGGGGACCGACACUCCUGACAAUUCCUCUUCUAUCCAAGAAGAUGAGGAGGUAGACAUGGAGGCCCUCAGCCGGCCGGCCAGUGACUCCCCGGCAAACGGCCACAUCUCUGCUCCUGGAACCACUGCCCGCUUUCCCAGCUGGGUGACUUUCGAUGACGAUGAAGUUGCCGGCAGCCCGUCCCCACCAGACGCCUCCCCUUCAAAGCCUGACAGCCCAUCCGCGAGGCCUCAGGUUCUGGAUGUGCUUCCUAACCUCACUGGGUCCUUUAAGAAGAGGGAGAGGCCCAAGAGCACCCUGGUGGACCUUCCCAAAGUGAAGAAGUUGGACAUCUCCUCCUUAACUCGGCCACCCUCCGGCAGUGAGACCCCCCCACCCUGGAGGGCAACCAAUCCCUUCCUGAACGAGUCACUGAAGGAUGUGCUGCCUUCCCCCAUCAACCCUUUCAGCGCGUUCUUCGAGGAACGGGAGAGGCGUGCCCUUGGUGACUCAGCCUUGAGCCCCCCGGCCCCGCGCCAGAGGGACUCCCUCCUCGUCAUCCGCCCGGAGUUGGACGCGAUCAGCUUCGACGGCCCCAGCGGGGGCCAGGCCCACCGGGAUGCCGUUGAGAAGCUCAAGCAGCUCCGGAUCGGGGAUCCGGAUGGGCCGGGCGGGCCCAUGCUGCCUGACGAUGAUCCAGCCACCCCAAGCGAGCCGGACGAUGGGCCCCGGAGCCCCGACGGCCCAGAGCCCAGGCUCGGCUGGCCAAUGAUGCUACGGAUCCCGGAGAAGAAGAACAUCAUGUCGUCCCGGCACUGGGGGCCCAUCUAUGUGAAGCUUGCCGACGGUGGCCGCCUGCAGCUCUACUACGAGGAGGGCCUGGAGAAGCCCUUCCGCGAGUUCAAGCUGGAGAUGAGCCACGAGAUCUCGGAACCCAAGCUGCAGAGCUACGACGAGAACGGGAGAAUCCACAGCCUGCGGAUCGACCGCAUCACGUACAAGGAGAAGCGGAAGUACCAGCCCAAACCCUCGGUGGCCCACGCGGCCGAGCGGGAGCAGGUGGUCAAGCUGGGCACCACCAACUACGAUGACUUCCGCAGCUUCAUCGGGGCUGUGCGGGACCGGCUGAUGGAGCUGCCUGUGUCGUCCCUCGACCUCUGCACUGUGGGCCUGAACUAUCUGGAGGAGGAGAUCACGGUGGAUGUGAAGGACGAGUUCACUGGCGUCUUGAGCCAGGGGGACAACAGGAUUCUUCAGCACCGCGUGCUCACCCACGUCCACGUCCUGAGCUUCCUGUCCGGCCUGGCCGAGUGCCGCCUGGGCCUCAACGAUGUCCUCAUCAAAGGAAAUGAGAUUGUCUCCCGGCAGGACAUCGUACCCACCACCACCACCAAGUGGAUCAAGCUUCAUGACUGCCGUUUCCACGGGUGUGUGGAUGAGGACGCCUUCAGCAGCUCCAGGGCGAUCUUGUUCAACCCCCUGGAUGCCUGCCGCUUCGAACUGAUGCGCUUCAGGACUGUGUUUGCUGAGAAGAGCCUGCCCUUCACACUCAGGACUGCAGCCACCAUCAAUGGGGCAGAGGUGGAGGUGCAGAGCUGGUUGAGGAUGUCUACUGGCUUCUCGUCCAAUCGCGACCCCCUGACCCAGGUCCCCUGCGAGAACGUGAUGGUCCGCUAUCCUGUGCCCAAUGAGUGGGUGAAGAACUUCCGCAGGGAAAGUGUUCUUGGGGAGAAGUCUCUGAAGGCCAAGGUCAACCGGGGAGCAAGCUUUGGGUCGGUCGGUGUAUCUGGAUCCGAGCCGGUCAUGAGAGUCACCCUGGGCACUGCCAAGUAUGAGCACGCCUUCAAUUCUAUUGUGUGGAGAAUCAGCCGGCUGCCUGACAAAAACUCAGCUUCUGGCCACCCUCACUGCUUCUUCUGCCACCUGGAACUUGGCUCAGAUCGAGAAGUGCCUUCUGUAUUCGCCCGCCACGUGAACGUGGAGUUCACCAUGCCCACGACGUCGGCCUCCAAAGCCGCCGUCAGAUCCAUCUCAGUGGAGGACAAGACUGAUGUCAGGAAGUGGGUCAACUAUUCAGCCCACUACAGCUACAAGGUGGAGAUUGAGCAGAAAAAACGGUUAACCCAGGAUCUCGAGGGAGAAGACACAGAAAACCCCAAGGAGUGUGGGGUGCAGUGAAAGAAGUCCCAUUGUGUGGGACCCUGACCCGGGAAUCAUUCCUUUGCUGAGGCCCAAAGGCCUACCUAUAGUGUGGGAAUCUCUCUGCCUAGCAGGACCAUCUUGUGACCCUGGCUUGGACUCUCACCCUCACAGCCCCUGUCGUGUCGGCCAUGGUGAUUGGUUGGUCGGCGUUGGAUUAUGAAUCGCACCUGCAUUUCGGUGGAUUUCCUGGUUUUUGUGGGCAUUUAGGCUUGCCUCUACUCCAGUUGCCUUUCAGUGUGGUAUAGCAACAAGUAAAAUCAGAAAAAGAGGCGUCUCUCACUUCAUUGUCGGGAAUCUUUCUUUUCCAGGAUUUUUCGAUCCGUCGUAUGGUUUCCCAAAAGCAAAGGUUUGAGGUUUCAAGACAUUGAAUCCCAAACUUCUUCUGUCUCGAUUAGGGAGGACUAAUAAGAUGGGCUAGCCCAUUGCAGCUUGCUGGCUCCCAAACCUGUCUCUUGUUACUCCAUCAUUUAAAUUGAAAUAUUUAGCAACUCAAGUGUUGUGAGGCAUUGACACUGGUCAUUGUAAAAUAGCGGGCGGCCCCUGCUCACUGAGUUUUCAUGUCCACAUCAGAAAUGUUCCUGGGAUAACUGCGAUUGAACUCUCUGUGUCACAGUGGGUAGAAGUGGUGAAGGGCAGGCAAUGGGAGAUUGGUUGAAAUUAGAUCAGAUUGUUAGCAUGUUAGAGAAGUAAUCAAAGGAAAAGAAAAUUGUGUUUGGAUUUAACCUCUGUCUGUGUUGGGGUAUGAAUAACAGCUAUAGAUCCAAGUUACGGGAAAGACAGUCUCACUGUAUCAGAGAUCUUCGGUCCUUCAUUGGGAGAGGUCAGUGUUAUUUGUUUUCCUCAAAAAAGGUGAAUGGGUUGUCAUUCAAUAGUUCCCGUUUGGUGUAUGGAAAAGCCACUUUAGGCCUCUUACCCAUCAUGUUUAGUACAGUCACAUAGUAAGUACUUAACAAAUACAUAAUUGUUAUUAAAACUUCAGCCCAAGUGGCCGUCUCCUUAACCCAGCUUCCUCUCCCCCUUCAAAUAGACUCUCUGAAAAGGUUCAUUUUUCAUUUUUAAAAUCCAAAUUAGG